AGGACAGAUACUUGCUGUUCCCCAACUCGUUCCCGCCCACCCGGUACCCUCCACCUAUUUUUGCCUCUAUGCAGCGCCGGGAAUACAACGCCUGACCUUGCAACAAAGUCACGGCCUGGCUUCAAAAAAAAUUAUAGCAGCCCGAUUGCGGGAGUACCGCUUAUAACAAUUAGCAGGAAUUCACUCGCGCUCUCAUUCUAUAGCCAAUUCAAUGAAGUUUUUUGCUUCUAAAAAGCCAACCAAAAAACACAACACAGCGGAUGACGACGAAGACGACUAUUUCCCAUCACCCUCGUCGUCACCGACAAAGUCCCCAAUCAAGUCCCCCGCAAAGUCACCCACCAAGAAACCUCCUCGCCCCGACUCUCCGUCAUCGCGCGAGUCCAAGCCACGAACGCCGCGUUCUCUCGCGCGACAAGCUACUGACCCCGGGUCGUCGUCUUCCUCGCGGCGGAAAAAGAUCGACCCUGACACGCAUCCCUUAAACCUCCCACCUGAGCAGCGCAAGAGAUUGUCUGCCCUCUCCGCCAUGAGUGCCCGCAGCUCGAUGGACAUUGAUAAGGAGUCUUCCAACGGGGGAAGCCCGUCCUCCUCUUCCCCGCAGUCACACCAGGCGGCCCAGUCGCCCCAGCCUGGCCCCCAGACUGCACCGCAGCCGGCACCAACCAAUUCCUUCACCGUCCCCGUCACUAACGGCGUCAACGGUGCGAAUGGACCGGCAAGCGCAGAGGACGGCGAUGUCCCCGUGCCGCCGCCUCAUAAAUCUCAGCCAUCCAGCCCUACGCAAACAGCUGCUGACGAUGCCGAGACUUUUAAGAAUGAGGGCAACAAGUUCUUCAAGGCCAAGGAUUACACUCGGGCAAUCGAGUUUUACACAAAGGCUGUUGUGCUGCAACCCGACUCUGCGACGUACCUCGGCAAUCGAGCAGCCGCAUACAUGUCGGCUGGCAGGUACGAGGACGCCCUAGAGGAUUGCAAGAAAGCCGCAGGUUUGGAUCCCCACAACUCUAAGAUCCUCCUCAGAUUGGCCCGCAUCUACACCAGCCUGGGCCGGCCUGAGGAGGCAAUCUCGACGUUCGGUCAUAUCCAACCACUUCCUUCGGCCAAGGACAUGGCCCCGGCCAAGGAGAUGCUGCAGCAUCUGGCGGCCGCAAAGGGCGCUUUCCAGGACGGCAGAGGAUCCUCUAUGGUCCUAUACGCUCUCGACAAGGCUGAGAGUCUUUUGGGAGUUGGGGCACUCAAACCCCGCAAGUGGCAGUUGAUGCGCGGCGAGACUCUGCUGAAGAUGGGCGACGCCAACUCGGUAGGGGAGUCUCAGAACAUUUCCAUGUCGCUCCUGCGCUCCAACAGCCAGGAUCCCGAAGCAUUGGUGCUGCGAGGGCGUGGUCUAUAUGCUCAAGGAGAAAACGACAAGGCCGUGCAGCAUUUCAGAAAGGCACUCAGCCUUGAUCCGGACUUUAAGGAUGCCGUCAAGUGGCUAAGAAUAGUCCAGAAGCUGGACCGCAUGAAGGAGGAAGGGAACUCUCACUACAAGUCUGGGCAGUGGCAGGCAGCCAUUGAUAAAUAUGGCGCGGCUCUGGAGAUCGACCCAUCCAACAAGGGCACGAACUCCAAGAUUCUGCAGAACAGAGCACUCUGCCGGAUCAAGCUCAAGCUGUAUGACGAGGCUAUAGCAGAUUGUGACCGGGCCAUCAGUCUCGAUCCAAACUACCUGAAGGCCCGCAAAACCAAAGCCAACGCACUUGGCCAGGCGGACAAGUGGGAGGAUGCUGUUCGGGAAUGGAAGGCCAUUCAGGAGCUGGAGCCAGAGGACCGCUCCAUCGCCAAAGAGAUUAGAAAGGCCGAGCUCGAACUGAAGAAAGCUCAGCGGAAAGAUUAUUACAAGAUUCUCGGAAUCGAGAAGACGGCGGACGACAACGCUGUCAAGAAAGCGUAUCGGAAGCUGGCCAUUGUUCACCACCCGGACAAGAACCCUGGCAAUCUGGAGGCAGAGGCGCGCUUCAAGGAUAUCAGUGAAGCCUACGAGACCUUGAGCGAUCCUCAGUAAGUUAUUUUCCCUUCUUUGUUCCACCCUCAGCUUCCUUCCCCCCACUGGCUAACAAAUUACGACAGGAAGCGAGCUAGUUACGA